AUGGACGAAGAUGAUGAUAUACCGAGUUUGUCGGCGGAAACUUUUGCAGCAUUACAAGAAUUCUAUGCCGAACAAGACAAACGUUUAGAAAUACUUAACAAGUUGGAAGCAGACCAAAAAUUAAAUGAAAAUAUUAUAUUUGAAGAAAACUGGCAACUAAGCCAGUUUUGGUAUAAUGAAGCAACAAUACAAGCCCUGGUCCAAGUAAUUGAGAAAUCUGUUCCCAAUGGUGGGAAGGUUGCAUUAAUAUCAUGCCCCACACUUUUUGUACCAGCCAAAAGACAUAUGGGAAAUAGAAUUAGCUUAUCACUUUUGGAAUAUGAUAGAAGAUUUGAAGUUCAUGCACCAGAUUAUAUUUUCUAUGAUUAUAAUACACCAGAUAAGUUGCCACAAGGUUUAGAACACACAUAUGACUUGGUUAUUGCAGAUCCACCAUUCCUAGCUGAGGAAUGUAUUCAAAAAACUUCAGAAACAAUCAAAUUAUUAUCUAAAGAUAAGAUUGUAGUAUGUACAGGUACAGUUAUGAAAGAAAAUAUAGAACGACUGUUGAAUUUAAAAAUUUGUGAAUUUGAACCACAGCACAGGAAUAAUCUAGCUAAUGAAUUUUCAUGUUAUGCUAACUUUGAUUUGGAUGCUGUUUUAAGAUAA